GAAAUUCUUGAUACUGGUCUUCCAGCGUAAAACAGCGAGUUAAACAGGCAACACUUUGUUAGGGUUCCCACGUCAUUAACUAAGCUUUGCAAGUAACACGGACGCUUGCAAAUUGAGUUUUGCUUCAUAACUGGGACGCAAGCACAGGGAAGGCCGCUAACAUGACAGACUUCCUCCUGUUUACAGUACGUAACAGCGAAAUGAACUACAGUAACUGUAAAUCGAUUAAGCAGCCACUCGCUUUGCAUUUGAGAAGCGCAGAAAACCGCAGCGACUUCGAGUCUGACUGCGCUAUGACAUCACUGCCUGAGGGCUUUAGGUAACAUCACUAUGGAGAAAUCCCUGCAUCACAGACUGAGCCAGUUUCGUCUCUCUCCUUUACACCCCCACAUCAAGUCAGAAAACUUGCAGAUGAAGUUUAUUUCCAAGACGACGUGAGCCAAUAGGAGGAGGGAAAAUCCUGCUGGGACUGACAUACUCGCGGGCCAGAAAAAAAAAAAGUAAAAAUGUUUUGUUGAAGAUUGCGAGAUAAGAUGGUGUGUGGGAGAAGCUUUAUAUUAGCAAACGCGUGGAUACAAAUGUUGCUUAAAUUGCCGACCUGCCGAGACUGAUCGAACUCGAGAAACUUGGCUUUGGAAUUGGGGAUGGUGUACAAUACGUCCAUUAAGCGUACCCGGUUGUGCAUUGCUGGGAUGGCUCUGUUUGCGUCUCUGGCGAUUGCCACUUGCCUGGUUGGACUCUACGUACCAAAGGGAGGAACUAAACCACUUGACCCCCCCUGUCAGAGAAGGAUCGUGCAAAUAAAUGGUUCUGUUAUGAGUGAAUUUUUCAAAAACAUGUCCAAGUCAUUCAUGCUACUCGAAGUCCAAGACACCCAGCCCUCAGGGGAGUACAUGGAGUGGAAAGUGAAGGAAAGAAUUUCACAGAAUGUGAAACUUGAUAACAGCACCACACUGAAGACGGAGGAGAAUGGUUACUAUUUUGUAUUUGUCCAGGUCACCUUUAACAUCUCAAAGAACGAGUGUAGAGAACUGAAUGUGUUUUUGGACGUACAAUAUGAUGAGAGGGUCGAGCAAUAUUCCUCCACUUACAAAACCUUCUGCUUUCCAGCUAAUAGCACAGAGAGGCUGGACGCCGUCAUAAGUCACCCUGUUCUUAUGUGGAUGGAACAAAAUAAUACAAUCAGAGUUCGGGCCAAACCCAUGAACUUAGUGGAUCACCAGCGUAGUCCAGUUACUACGUUCAUGACAGUGUUUAAGUAUGCUGAUCCAUGAUACUACAGAUUUGGAAAUCCAGUCUUUGCUGUGUUUGUAACACUUUCCUAUUGUGCAGCUAAUCUAUGAUCUCUGCUAGACCAUUUGCUUUUUCUUACCAUGUACAGCUAUAGUUUUCUUUUUUGUUUUCAGCCACUUGAUGGCUUCAUAGCGAUCAGUGGCAUCCAAGCUAACAAGAACAGAGCCUCAGCAACUCUGCAUCAGAUAUUAGGACAGAAUUCUGGAAGUCAAGGUUCAUUGGCUGACUGAGACUUUAUGAACAUCAAGAAGGGGAAUUAUAGCAGUUUCUAAUUUGAUUCCAGUAAAAUCUGCUUGUCUUCCAAAGUUACAGCACUGCUAGAAUGAAGGGAUAUUACUCAUUAAUUGGUUUUAAAACCCACGUAGUGUUAAUUCUGAAGGGCAGAGCACAUUUCUGGAUUGAAAAAGUGGAGACUUUUUUGAUUUUGUCUAAGUUUCUGCUGAGUGGAAAUUAAUGCAUGUUUUUUUUCAGUGUUUCUGUCCUUUUUGAAAAAAAUUUAAACUGGAACAUUUAGAGGUCACAAAGAUACAUAAAUGGAAAAAAACGGAAAUGCUUUUUGCAGUAUCUGUAUCUUGGUUUGAUUUUUUUAUCUCAGUAUUUUUGUCAGAAUCCUUGAGAAUUAUGUGUGUUUACACAUUCUGGUGCUGAGUUGUGGAUGAUUCAUAAUUAUUUUUCUGCUUUAAGAUACAUUGUGUAGCAAAGCUAUACAUUGUAUAGAAAUAGCAAAGUAAAAUUUUACAAAACAAGGAAAAAGAGAAAUGCAUAUAUAAAAAUAUAUAGUUGCUUUGCAAAACCUGGCCAUGUUUUUUUUUUCUCAUUUAUUCUAGGAAAGGGCUUUCCACUUAGCUUCAGUGUUAAAGGGCUACUGUGUUCAAAAAUAUAUUUUUUCAGAUUUUGAUCAAAUUUAUACUUAUUUCCCUGAUCACUGUUCUGAUUUAACAAGUACCCUUGUUGGAAUUGGUUUUGAAAUCUGGAGUUUUGGAGUGCCUGGUAAAAGAUUGUUAAAAUAAUGAAUACCCUCCAAAAAUGUCAGACAUGCUGCCACCUAGUGAUUGUCUGUUCGCAAGUAAAUAUUUCAUAACAAGGCAGAAUGCCUUUUUAUCUCCACCAUAAAUCAGCUUGUUUAGGUAUUAUUUGAAUUCAUUGUUUUCUGAUCUAAACGCAAACAUAUUUUAAAUACAUCCACAAAAAACAGACUAUCCCUUUAAGCUGGCCUUAUUAAACAAGUCAUUUCUUCUUUGUUUUUAUUUUAAUUGUGUAUCUUGAACCUCAAGGGGUCCGGCUUUUAUUUUAAGAGCUAACUGCCAUCUUUAGCCCUCUCUAGUAAUAAAUGGAAGAGUUUAGCGGAAAUGAAUCCUCGACUUUAGCAGAAAUCAUUUGCCUUUUUUUAGAUCCUUAAUUUAUUCUGUUUGUUCAUGACUUUCAGAUAUAUCCCUUGUUGUAUUAGUGCACACAGAGUAGAAAUGGAAUGAAUGUUUGUAGGUAGGGUGCUAAAAUUUAUAGACAUUCUAGGGUAUAGACUGACACUAUUAGAAGUGCUGGUUCGCUUCAGGUUUAUUUUAUUGUUCUGUUUAGCUUUGUAGUGAUUUAUGUACUCAAGGUAUUUAAGUUUCAGUCUCAGAAAUGUCAGAUUUUUGUUAUUUGAGUCAUGUCUACUGAACGCUGUAAACUAGUUUAUUCCAGUUCUAUUACUCCAGGUCUGGAGUCCAGAAGCUUUCCAGAAAGGUUCAUUGAUUGAUCCAAUUAAGUUUUAACUGGGACAAUUUGGUAUUUCUCCACUGCCUGCUAUAGACGGUCAUGUCUGCGUACAGCACUGCAAUGUUGAGACAUUUGUCUAGAUGUGGUUUGAAAUUCUGUUUCAGUAUGGUGACAUCUGUGUCAUUUGCUUCUAAUAUUAACUAGAAACCUCUUGUCACUCUUUCAGCUUUUUUAAGGAAAUGUUGAGUGUAGAGAUAUAAUUGUCACAGGCAAAUUUUCCCUGAGAUCUGUUGGUAUAAAACAGCUCAUUUGUUAUUGUACUACAGACAGGGGGCAUUUAUUCAUGUGGUUAACACCUGGGUAAUUCAUUUUGUUGUGAAGGCAGCUAACACAAACUACAAUAACUUAUUUUUUGACCAUAGUACUAAUGAUAAAAUAAUGUAAAGUUAACACAUCUUGGCUUGUAUUCACAAAGUUUUUUCCACAAAUUUAGUGUCAGCAUUAUUUUUCAGAAGAGAGGAAACAUCCACAUAAGCUGUAAAAAACAAAAGCGUACUCAUAGAAAGCUAAAAUAAACCAUAUGUGCAAUUUAUUAUUUUAUUUUAACUUAUAUUUCUGUUUCAUUCCUUCAACUGGGUAAUAGCAAAUUUGUGGCAAACUCUUUGUGAACAUAUCCCUUUGUUUUUGUUGAUUUUCAUAGUCAUGGCCACGGAUUUGGCAAAAUACUGUUUGUGCAACACGUGCUGUGUUUUAUAAGCUUUCAUGAACUGCUGUGGAAAAGCGAGUUGUCAUGGUACAGUAUGUUGAAAUAAUAACAUAGAGAAAAAGGAAUGGAGAAAUCCCUUGGGAAUAUCUCUAGAGCAGGCCUUGACAUUCACAAUUGCACCUGUUUUUAAGGUAUUGGAAUGCGAGAUUCUCAUUGUGAUCGAGAGGAGGAUCCUCUGAUGCUUCAAUUCUAAUUGCAGACAAGGUGGAGUAAAUAAUGCCUCCUCAUCCAAAGACUAUUCAGUUUCCUGCUGCUUUAAACCUUUAUCAAAUGUCCCAUAAUUGGGUUAAAACAAAUGGCCUGUAGAAUAAAUAGCACUUUUCAUUCACCAGAUUCUCGUUAACAAUGUCUGGUUUGGUCUCACCUGCUCUGAACCUGUUCAACGUAUAGUAAUGUAUUGUCCUAGUCUCAACUGUAGACGGGUUUGAGGCUUAUGGAAAUAAAUAAGAGUACAAUACCUUAAGGUGCUCUACCAAAUUUUCAUGAACAGUGAACUCAUUAGUUACCACAGUGUUUAGUUCACCAACUAAAGUGUGAUGAUUUGUCUAAAGCUUGGGCAUCUAUAUUUCAUUUGACAAACGGCAUCUUGAUCGCCCUGUUAUUUGUCCUCCUGACUGAAAAGCUUUUGCUUGUAUCACUAAAUUAUCAUCUCCUAGAAAUCCUUAAACUUUUUAUUUUUAAAAGUAAGCAUUGUCUGGAAUGUUGAACUAUUUUCCAUCCAUAGUAGAAUGUUUGAUUUGGCACUUAUAACUGAAAAGACUUUUUCCACACAACCUUGUGAUUUGUGUAUUUUUAUAAACCUUUGGUAGAAUAUUUAUGUGUAUGUAUUGAAAAUGAAAGCAAAUCUUAUGUUACACUGUAUGUAUCAUUUACUGUUGCAUUUGUUUGUUUUAAAAUGUGUAUUGAAGGGUUUUGUACAACUUUCUGAGAAUGAAGCCCAAGAUGGCACCUUAACACCCUUGCAGAGUGAUAGGAUUAAUAUAUGUAAUUAAUAGGUUUGCUUUAUCUGUUUUGGAAAAUGCUGCCUGUAGAGAGACAGCUUCUGAACAAACAAAAUCUACCUUUUCAAAAUUGCUCAACUCCUUUUGUAUGUUUAAUAUAUUUCUUGUUCAUCCAGUUAUAAUAUUGUAUUUAUAGUGAAGUAUCUGUUUGUGACCUAAGAAUGUUAAAGCUACUCUGAUUGUCUGCACUGAACAGAAACAUGGAAAGAAGCUGUUUCCUGGCAGUAUUUUAACUCUCUUACACUGCAGUUCCAAUCAAAUGAAGCUGUUACCUCUGUCGCAGGAGAUUAAAUCUGUUACUAUUGUUCCAGUAUUUCUGAAUGUAAAUGUACUGGGUGUAUUUUUAUUUGCCGUUUUUUUUUUUUGUUGUUUUUGUUUUAGAUUUUAUUGUAUGUCAAUAAUUUAUCUGAAGAAACCAGUGUAAAGACAUUAAAGCUUCAUUUCCUCUUCCCUUUGAAAAACCUUGUUUCCAAGAAAUAGGAACUGCUUUCUCAGUGCAGUUUGUAAAUGAAGAACAGCAGAAUCCAAGAGCCACUACACCUACUGUAGCUGGCCUGUGCAGUUCCCGUACUGUACAAUAACGCGUUGAACCAAACAAGUGACUGCAAUAUGUGCUGGACAUACUGUAGAUUAUAAUGCCUGUUGUUUUUCAUUCUGACAGUGCCUGAAAUAUCUCAUCUUUGAACCAAAAACUCAUGCUGUUCUGAUAGUAUCUGUCCAGAAUUAAAGCAGUCAUGUCAAAAUGUAUCGCAGCUCUUUAGAAUAUACUACACUGGUCAUGUAUUUCUGGAAAGAACAGAAUCCUAAUUAUCGCUGCCCCCUAUUCACAAAUCACGAACAGUAAUGGAUUGAAUUUCUGUGCAUUGUAGGCAAGGAGGUGAGACCAGAAGGGGGGAAAUGGUUUCAGCUGCCUGAAGGAAGAGAAAUGUGAAAGGGGGGAUUGUUUGUAGUUGCCCAAUGCUGUAGAUUUUGUGCAUCCCAUCUCGAAGUAUUUUCUGCGUUUCAAGAAAUGUGCUGUGAACGUAAGAGACGCUGUAAAUGGCAUCACAAACGUCCAAUGAGGAAUGCCUCUACUUGGCGUAAGAGGCAGCCCAUAGUGCAUCUAUUCUGCUCCACCCCCUCAGGUGUCCUGACAAGUUUCAAUAGUGUGUUAAGUCGAAAUACACCAUAAAGUUAAAAAUACUGAGCUAUUGCUUUAAUACUGUAUAUGCAGUGUACAGACCCGGUGUUCUCAGAAGGGAAGAGCAAAAUGCUGAAGCAAAUGCAGAUAAUGAUCAGAACAGACAAGCACUGAUAAUGAUCAGAACAGCACACAGUGACAUAUGUGUCGUAGAAAUAAUUCACAUCCUGUUCAGUGAAGUUUCAGUGAUUUAAUUGUGCUUUAGUUGCUUUCAGACAGUCUGUGGUUUCUUCAGGUAAGAUUCAGCUCGCUAACCAGCUUAUAACCGAUUUUCUUUUGUUUGUGGUCAAGCGAGCUGGGUUUGUUUUCGCACAGGUGAAUGUGACACAGGGGGUCUGCUGUGGUUGAAACGACAACAGUAGGCUUGAGGUCCAUUUGUCAAGGCCUACCAAGUGCUUGCUACCCCUGCAUUUGUUACCUGUCGUCUGCUAACGUAGAAUACAGUCCUUCAUAAAUCAAGCCCUCAGCGGUAACAAGACUUUCUGGGUACCUUGCACAGCGGUGGGGUCAAUCUACAGUUGUUUUACUAUCUUGGAACAGUGUAGGGUCAGUUAAGUGCUAUGACAGUGAUUCACGCCUCAGGCACUACAAUCAGCUCUGCUGGCCAAACAGGGUGAGCCCCCCUAGAGAAUGGCCCUGCCAGUUUUCCUUACAUGAUUGUAUUUACAUUCCUGGUUCAGUUUUUACAUAAAGAAUAUUAUCACGGAUUUUGUUUUGUUGUACAUAUUUAUAUUUUGUGUUAUGGUCUCUUGAAUAAGUGCCUAUUAACAAUCUAUGAACCUGUCAUUAAUGAUGUUGCAGACGGUUAAAAAAAUGAAACAUACAACUUACCCUGCGUUAAAGCAUGGCUGAUAUUAUCAAAAGAAGUUAGAGGGCUUGGACGUUUGAACCAAAAUGCAAUGUGCACCAUUUUAAGGAGAGAGAGAAAAGCAGUCCACAUAAGUUCCCUAGUAGCAGAUACCUGAAAAUGUUCACUUGGAAAGCAGAGAAGGGAUGUUUUGUAACAUCCGUUUUACAAUUUAUUGAUUGUUGAAGCCAACUCACAUAAGUAAAUUUAAGCUCAAGAAGAUUAGUAUCAUUUGAAUUGGAGUGCAUCUACAUACUGCAUAAUGCAAAAGACACCACAGUGUCAGAUCUCUGGGUGCUAAGAAACCACAAAGUAACUUGAGUUUUAUCUGAAUUAACAUUGUAAAAUGGCACUAAUGGCUUUAACUUCUAACUUCUACAACUGUAGUCAGACAUUCAUGAACAACUCCCAGUGCCAUCUAGCAUGCAAAUUGCGUGUAAUUACCAUGAAUACAAACGCACGGACAGUGCAUGUUUAUGAAAAUAUUAAUGGCAAAAAGGGAAAGACAAAACUAAAUAGAAGGUCUCGUUUUGAAAAAUACGUUUUAAAUAAUAUGGCGGGAAAUACAUUAUAAUUCUAUUUAAAAAUAAAUGGUGCAGAUUGUAUUACUGGUGAAAAUUAUUAAAAAAAACAAUUCCCUUAAUAUUAGCUAAACAAAAAUGGCGUAUUUAAUACCUGCAGUUUAAUACCAUUCAUUAUUUUCAUGCAAAUUUGUAAAUAAGCAAAGGUUACUGUAGUAUUUUGUAAAAUAUUCCAUUUUCUUAAAGGUCUGAAAUAUUCUGCAUAUUUAUGGGUUUUAAAGAAUAG